GGGGUUGUGGUUGUGCAUAAUUGGCUUAGCUAGCCACCAUAUUCUUAGGGAGGUAUGUACUACCACCGUAGGGGGACAUAGCGUCAUACGUCCUGUAUUUGUAGCGUACCCCUCUAGAACCGCUCUUUUUUUCAUCGGCGCUUUCAAUUACAUUCCCCUUAUCCACGAAUGCUUUCUCAGAUACAUAUAAGCAGCUCUAAAAAUAGUCUAGGAGAAGCUCUGCGAGGUUCGUAGGUAGCAAUAGACUUAAUUCGAACGGAUAUACGCAGACUCAGUUGAAAGAUACCGUUUCACAAACCGGAAUCAUACGACGACCCCUCAUCCCCUAAUUUUUGGUGUAGGCUUCAUCCGCGAGCAAAUCCCGGAUGCCGAACUCAGAGCCCGAGGUAGUCGGUUAUUAGAACGCCAAUCUUGUCGUAAUUAGUAAAAGAAACAUGAAGGAUACGAGUCGAAAUUGAUUGCCCCAAACCGCCGCAAUAUUCAUAUGACAAUGAGUGACCUGGUACGAAUAGCUGCUUGUCAUGCUUCGCCGGUCUUCCUGUCCGCAAAGGCGACGACAGCGAAGGCAAUAUCUCUGAUUCAAGAGGCUGCAAAGAACAAAGCCAAUCUUGUGGUAUUCCCCGAGUCUUAUAUACCCGCGUUCCCCAUAUGGAGUGCGCUGCGGGCCCCCACCGAGAACCAUGAUCUGUUCAAGCGCAUGGCGCUAGAGUCUAUAUACGUCGAUGGCGACGAGGUGAACGCGAUUCGCGCGACGGCAAAGCAAUUCGGUGUGCUCGUCAACCUCGGGUUUUCCGAAAAGGUACGCUAUAGCAGCGCCACGUUAUUCAACUCGAAUCUCCUCAUCGGCACGGACGGUGAAAUCCUCGUUCACCAUCGGAAACUUAUGCCUACGUUCUAUGAGAAGCUUACCUGGGCACCUGGCGACGGCCAUGGACUUCAGGUAGCCGACACCUCAUUUGGAAAGAUUGGAGUCCUCAUUUGCGGGGAGAACACCAAUCCCUUGGCCCUAUAUAGCUUCACGGCCCAAGGCGAACAGAUCCAUAUUAGUUCUUGGCCCGCUAUUUGGCCUACGCGGCUCCCACCGGGCAUCCUUCCCACCCCCGGCGAAGAGAUUCCUAAUGGAAACGCCAGCGACGGCAAAGCCGCGGUUUCAAGCGUUGCACGUGGCGUGAAUUACGACAAUGUCGCUGCUAAUAGAACCCGGGCCGCGGCCCAUUGCUUUGAAGCUAAAUGCUUCGGCAUUCUAUGCGCAGGGUAUCUUGGCACCGACGCAAUUGAAAUCAUAACAUCUGGGGCUAGUAACCCUAAAGUCGUAUCGCAAGCAUUACAAAAAUCUUCGAGAGGCGCAACUAUGUUCUUAGACCCGACGGGGACAUUACUCCCUGGAUUUACUAUCGACUCCAAGACUUCAGCCCAGGAGCAAAAAGACUUCCUCCAGGAAGCUGAGGGUAUCUUAUAUGCUGACUUUGAUCUGGGAGAUUGUAUAGAAGGGAAGCAGUAUCACGACCUUGCGGGCGGUUACCAGAGGUUGGAUGUGUUUGAGUUGAAAGUCGAUCGCAGGCGAAGACAGCCCGUGGUAUUCAAAUAAGCAUGUCUUGGUAUUCAGUCAUAACCUCAUACCCCAAGAUGUUAGAAAUGCAAUUGAAUUCACUUCUACGAACAGUUAUAAAGUUAUUGCCGUUUAUAAGGAAACAUAUCUCAUAGUAUACACCGAAAAAAUCUAUUGCGGGCUGACGACCCCUGGUGUGAGAUUUUAACGGUUCUCAGUUGCAUGAGAACUAAUGAAGUGCAACUAUAGGAUGAGUUUAAAUCGUAAUAAUUUCUGACUCCCAUAUAGACGGAACUUAGGAAGCAUCAUUUAAUCAAUUAUCAAUUGAACCAAAUAAAUUCAAUAUUUCUGCG